CACAGGGUGACAAAUGCGGGCAAGCUCCACAUAGAUGAUGUGCCGUUAGCCUAAAGCUGAAACGACGUCGGUUGACUGUAAUUUGCGCCUGGACGACAGGCCGUAGAUAAAUGAGUGACUGAUCACCCUAGUUAUUUCUUUCAUACAUAUACCUAAGACACCUUUGGUCCGAGGGUGCGCUGCAUUGGCUUCUUGGCUACCGGUAGAUCACGAGUGUGAGGCGAACAAUGGAAAGCAAACUGGAGCAAGAGGCUGGCAGCAAUCAGCAAGAUCAGGCAGUAUCUGAGGAUGAGCCUCAGCCUUCCCAGGUCUGGCUGCUGCCUGAGUUGCUGGACAGGAUUGCAGGCUUCAUGUCGCCGAACGACAUUUGCUGCACGCUGCGGCCAAUCAGCAAGGCCACGGUCGCUCAAUUCAGCAACUACACGACAGUCCGUUUGUCGGCGUCUGUACCGCACGGCACCUUCGCGCAAAAAUGGGACAACCCGGAUGCCAUGAGAGGCUUGACGCUCCGGCAGCGCCGAAACUUUCUCAACUUGACCGCACGUAGUGGCAACCUUGAAAACCUGCAGUUAGCCGCUAAAGUGGCCGGCUGCACCCUCACUAUUGACCUUUUUGAGGCUGCUGCAUCGGGCGGACAAGUUCACAUUUGUACCUGGUUGCGACAGGAGGGCUGCCCCUGGGGCUGGCAAGUCACCGCAGCAGCAGCCCGCGCCGGUCAGCUUGAAACCCUUAAAUAUCUCCACCAAGAAGGCUGCUGUUUGGGCGACGCCGCGCUGGAAGCCGCGGCAUUGACCGGUCAUCGCUCCAUCUGCGAAUGGCUUCUGGACAACAACGGCGGCUGGUCCUUCUGGGCCAUCUGCGCUGCUGCUCGCGGUGGUCACGAUGACCUUAUGGAGUGGCUGCUCCUGCGCCUGAUCGGUCCCGUGCUUCCGGCGACCUCCCUCUGCGUCCUGCUGCUCGAAGCCGUGGCCGAAGGUUGCGACUUGCCCACCCUACAGCGCGUCCAAACCGACUAUCUCACCAUCACAGAGGCUCAAGGCGGCAGCGGAGCCUUUUUCAACCCGGUUAGGGGGAUUGACAUCCAUCCUGACCUCAAUGGUCGGCUGCUUUCAGCCGCUGUUGCCAGCCCAACCCCCGACUGGCAAGACAAGGUGAAAUGGCUGCUGUCCCUCCCGCAAUCCCCGAUAGGAACCGGCGGUAGCGGCAACGGCAGCUUUACAUGUGCCAAGGCAGCCGCCCUUCCGGACGCACUUAGCCGUCUGCGCUGGUUGAGUCAGCUCCAGAAACAACAACCACAGCAACAGCAGCAACGCCAGCAGC